UCCUACGUCAUCAACACGCGCCUGCUGUUCUCCCCGCGCCAUUCCUACAAGCGUGUGUUUCCAGCUCUCAUUACAUUACCACUGGCAGCGCUUUAGCAGCCACUGUUACAAGCACAGAUUCUGUUUUCUACUGCUUUUCUUUUAGAUAUAUCCAGCUAUGGAUAUGGACAGUGCCAGUUCAGUGGUGCUGCAGGCCUUAACCCAAGCUACCAGUCAGGACACAGCUGUGCUCAAGCCUGCGGAGGAGCAGCUCCGGCAGUGGGAGACCCAGCCAGGCUUCUACUCGGUCCUUCUGAAUAUCUUCAAUAACCACAUGCUGGAUGUGAAUGUCAGGUGGCUUGCGGUUCUGUACUUCAAAAAUGGCAUCGACAGAUACUGGAGGAGAGUUGCACCUCAUGCAUUAUCAGAAGAGGAGAAGACGUCAUUGCGUGCUGGUCUAAUCACAAACUUCAACGAGCCUGUCAAUCAGAUAGCAACCCAGAUCGCAGUACUGAUAGCCAAGGUGGCCCGUCUGGACUGCCCCAGGCAAUGGCCAGAGCUCAUCCCCAUUCUGCUCGAGUCUGUGAAGGGUCAGGAUGGCCUGCAGCAGCACAGAGCGCUGUUAACCUUCUAUCAUGUCACCAAAACUCUAGCAUCCAAACGACUGGCGCAGGACAGACGGCUUUUUCAGGAUCUGGCAUCGGGCAUCUACAGCUUUGCAUGCUCCCUGUGGAGCCAUCACACAGACUGCUUCCUCCAGCAGAUCUACGCCAGAGAUGAGGCUGCGGCACUCAGCUCGCUGGAGAGGACACUGCUGUCUCUUAAAGUGCUUCGCAAACUGACAGUCCAUGGAUUUCAAGAGCCGCAACAGAAUAUGGAAGUAAUGGGCUUCCUGAAUGCAGUGUUUGAAAGGCUAAAACAGUUCUUGGAAUGCUGUCGCCAGGUUGGUUCAGACAGCACAUGCAGAGAAAAGCUGGAAAAGACCAUCAUUUUGUACACUAAAGUUUUGUUAGAUUUCCUGGAAUACCAUCCAUGCGCAUUUAUACCGCUAAUCCAGCGUUCCCUGGAGUUUGCUGUUACCUACGUGUUCACGCCUGCAGGAGAGGGAGUGACCUUUGAGCGUUUUAUUGUUCAGUGCAUGAACCUCAUCAAGAUGAUUGUAAAGAAUGAUGCCUACAAACCCGCCAAGAACAUUGAUGACAGUAAACCAGAGAGCCUGGAAGCUCACAAAAUCAAGACGGCAUUCUUCACCCACCCUACAUUGACAGAGAUUGGACGUCGCCUUGUCUCACACUACUUCCUUCUCACAGAGGAAGAGCUAGCAAUGUGGGAAGAGGACCCUGAGAGCUUUGCUGUGGAAGAGACAGGUGGUGACUCUUGGAAAUACAGUCUGCGGCCCUGCACAGAAGUACUGUUCCUGGAUAUCUUCCACAACUACAGCCAGACCCUGACACCAGUGCUGCUGGAUAUGGUUCAGAAUCUCCAGGGCCCAACCAAUGUGGAAGACUCUGUUCAGUUGCUAAUGAAGGAUGCAGUAUACAAUGCAGUGGGAUUAGCAGCUUAUGAACUGUUUGACAAUGUGGACUUUGACCAGUGGUUCAAGAAUCAGCUCCUUGGAGAGCUGCAAGUCAGCCAUCACAGGUACAAGUUGAUUCGUCGACGAGUCAUCUGGCUAAUAGGGCAGUGGAUUUCUGUCAAGUUCAAAUCUGACCUUCGACCUUUACUCUAUGAGGUCAUCUUAAGUCUCAUGCAGGAUCCCGACUUGGUGGUGCGAAUUGAGACGGCUACAACUCUUAAACUCACUGUCGAUGACUUUGAGUUCCGGACAGAACAAUUCCUUCCAUAUCUUGAGUCCAUCUUUGGGCUGCUCUUCCAGUUGCUGCAGCAGGUAACAGAGUGCGACACUAAAAUGCAGGUGCUCCAUGUCAUCUCCUGCGUCAUCGAGAGAGUAGGCAUCCAGAUACGGCCCUAUGUAGGCUGUCUAGUUCAAUACCUGCCUCUGCUCUGGAAGCAAUCUGAAGAACACAACAUGCUUCGGUGUGCCAUACUAACUACACUUAUCCAACUGGUACAGGGCCUCGGGGCAGAAAGCAAGAACCUAUACCCUUUUCUCCUUCCUGUCAUCCAGUUGAGCACUGAUGUUUCGCAGCCGCCACAUGUGUAUUUGCUGGAGGAUGGGCUGGAGCUUUGGUUGGUGACUUUGGAGAACAGCCCAGCCAUCACUCCAGAGCUGCUCAGAAUUUUCCAGAACAUGUCAGCUUUGCUAGAGCUGAGCUCUGAGAACCUGCGUACCUGCUUCCACAUUGUUAAUGGCUACAUAUAUUUGUCUGCCACAGAGUUUCUGCAGAACUACGCCGAAUCCUUGUGUCGAUCGUUUUGCGACCUGCUGAAAGACAUCACAAAUGAAGGGCAGGUGCAAGUGCUCAAGGUGGUAGAGAUAGCUUUAAAGGUUAGCCCCAUGCUGGGAGCCCACAUGUUUCAGCCCCUGCUGCCAGCUGUCUUCAGAGGUAUUGUGGAUGGUGAGAGAUAUCCCGUGGUGAUGUCCACCUACCUAGGCAUCAUGGGUCGUGUCCUGCUCCAGAACUCCAGUUUUUUCUCGUCUUUGCUAAGUCAAAUGGCUUCUGAGUGUAACCAGGAGAUGGACCAGUUGUUGGGCAAUGUUAUAGAGAUGUGGGUUGACCGAAUGGACAACAUCACUCAGCCUGAGAGGAGGAAGCUGUCGUCGCUGGCUCUGCUUUCCCUCCUGCCAUCAGACAACAGCGUGAUUCAGGACAAGUUCUGUGGCAUCGUCAACAUUUGUGUUGAGGCAUUACAUGAUGUAAUGACAGAAGAUCCUGAAACGGGCACUUUCAAAGACUGCAUGCUGAUGAGCCAUUUUGAAGAGCCCAAGCUGAGUGAUGAUGAGGAGCCACCAACUGAGCAGGACAAGAGGAAGAAACUGUUGGCCCUGGAGGAUCCGGUGCACAGCGUUUCUCUCCAGCAGUUUGUCUAUGAAAAGCUGAAGGCGCAGCAGGCCCUGAUGGGGGACCAGGGCUUUGGAGCCCUGAUGGAAACUGUGGACACGGAGCUCGUCAGGCAGCUCCAGGAGUUCCUCCAAGGCCUCUAAAUCACAUCUAAAGUCCUUCACUACCUUACAGAAACGCCCUUGCCUAAUGCUACCCUCUGAUCCCAUUUUUGAAAAUGUACUGGAAAGGCUAACAGUCUGCCUGACAUGUGGACUCCUAAUUCAAACCUCCCCAACCUCUGCCCAUGCUAUGCCUUAUCUAUAUUCAAAACCUAGCCUUGUCAACUGUCCUCAGCUAACACCCCAUGCCCCCCCUUCUCUAUUAUCUUAUUUCUUGUCCUUCCCUUUUUUAUAAAGACUGGGUUUAUGUGGGUCAGAGUAUCUUCACGUUUUUAAAACACCCACAUGACAACAUCAACGCACUAGAGCUUCCACUCAAUACUUAUAUUUUUCCUCACUUUUUUUGGUUUUGCUGUGAAAUAGGUAGAAAAUUGAAAAAGUUGUAUUAAUGUUGCGAAGGUUGGGGGUGGGGGAAGAAUCAUCUGCAGUGCCAGAACAGGAGCCUCGGACUAUUUUCUAUGGAAAAACCUACAGAUUGUAGCAGAAAAGGGGAUAAACCAAACCUGAAGGACCUGAAGCAGUGUUUACAGAAUCUAUUCUUAAAAGAGAAAAAAAUGAAAUGUAAUUUUGUAUGUAUGUAAAGUAUGGAUGAUAUUCUGCCUGACAUUAUUUGUAGUUUGUUUUUACGUCAUGUUAAUUUCUCUACAGCUAUUUUUUUUAAUAACAAUUUUGUCAUAACCUGAGGUCAAAUUGAAGUAACUACUGAGAGAACUAGAGUGUUUUUUUUGGUUUUCUUUGUAUGGUGGUUUAGAGUUUUGUUUUUUGGUUUUUGAUUGCAGAAUGGGGGCUUUUUAAAUGGUUGAUUUGCAAAAGUGCUGAACCAUGUUUAUAUAUACAUACCGCUGCUAAUUAAUGGUGUGUUGGAGCACUUUAAUAACCAAAACUGUCACAGCUUUUUCAUUCUUUUCACAUCAGUAUACUUAAACACAAUGGCAGAAGACCUCAGAGUAGUGCAUACUAGGCUGAAGUUGCAUUAGGGGCAUUGAGAGCCUUAUCUUGAUUUGUUGCCACAUCUUCAUUUUGACUUAUUCCAAAUGUGACAUGCUGUUAGGUUUCGUCAUCACUUUAAUUUGGAAGAAUUUAAUUCUGGCCUGUCCGGCUGUUAUCAAGUGGCAUUCAGAGCCAUUGAAAAGAAUCACAAUGCAUCACAGGUGGAAAAGAAGUUAGCUGUCCUGCAGUCUUUUUAUUUUUGUUUCUGAAUUGGCCUGUAAUUGGCGUGAUAGUUUGACAUAUUUGAUUUGAGAGGAGUCAUUUGUUUUUGUGUUCUAUCUUAAAAUGCUUAAUAAAUAGGAACGAACCUAUUUGAUAAAGAAAAGUAAUAAAUUACUGAAUAUUGGCACUUAAGUAUUUAAUAGUUGCAUUUUUACACACACAGUAGGAAACAUUGUCUAAAACUAUGUUGCAAUUUUAGACUCAUUUACAUAAGUUUUUUUAUGGUUUAACAAUUUUUUGUUUUCUUUUUUCAUCAUGGUGCGUGUUAACCUUCUUGGGAAAGCGAUGGCCCUGACAUUAGCUCCUUUGACACUGUGAUAAGAGUUGAGUAGCAGUCAGAAUUACAGCCUUAUGCUUUCAGCCUUACCUACCCGUGAAACACAAGACCUUUUUACUAUUAUGUUGACUACUUAACUAGUUCAACAGUACAAGAUUUCUUCACUUGUUAACUCUUGAUGGAAAUUAUUAAGUUUGUUUUGAAAACGACAUAGUAGAGGAAGUUCUGGAGCUAUAACUCUUGGUUAUGUUUUCAUGGGGAAAAAUACUUAUAUUCCAAAGCCUUCAAUAAAAUGCAGUAAUCAGCCA